AUGUUGAGAUUUUCUAAUAGACGUUUGUUUUCCUCGGCUAGAGUGUUGGCUGAGGCGGUUACCAAGAAGCACGACGUUGUGGUCAUUGGAGGUGGACCUGGUGGUUAUGUUGCUGCCAUUAAGGCUGCUCAGGAAGGAUACAACACUGCGUGUAUCGAGAAGAGAGGUGCCCUUGGAGGUACUUGUCUGAAUGUUGGCUGUAUUCCAUCUAAGUCCCUCUUGAACAACUCUCAUCUGUUCCACACAAUCCAGCAUGAGGCCAAGGGCAGAGGAAUUGAUGUUGCUGGUGUUGAAAUUAACAUAGGCAAUUUUCAGAAGGCCAAAGAGACUGCCGUCAAGCAACUGACUGGCGGUAUCGAGAUGCUUUUCAAGAAGAACGGUGUCACCUACUACAAGGGUGCUGGUUCAUUUAUUGAUGAGCACCAGGUUAAGGUUGAUCCAAUUGAGGGUGGCGAGGAGUUGACUGUUCAGGCAGACAACAUCAUCGUUGCUACCGGAUCUGAGCCAUCUCCAUUUCCAGGAAUCGAAGUUGACGAGGAGAGAAUUGUGACCUCCACUGGAGCUCUUGCUCUUAAGGAGAUCCCAAAGAGACUCGUGGUCAUCGGUGGAGGUAUCAUUGGUCUUGAGAUGAGUUCCGUCUGGUCCAGACUUGGAUCUGAAGUUACUGUUCUUGAGUUCCAGGAUGCCAUUGGUGCUGGUAUGGACGGAGAGGUUGCCAAGGCCACUCAGAAGUUCCUCACCAAGCAGGGUCUCAAGUUCCAGCUUGGAGCCAAGGUCACCAAGGGUGUUAGAGAAGGCGAUGUUGUCAAGAUUGAGUACGAGGAUGUCAAGAAGGGCACCACUACCGAGAUCGAGGCCGACGUAUUGUUGGUUGCUGUCGGUCGUCGCCCAUAUAUCGAAGGUCUCGGUGCUGAAAAGCUCGGUCUUGACAUCGACAACCGUGGAAGACUCGUAAUUGACUCUGAGUUCAAGACCAAGUUCCCUCACAUCCGUGUCAUUGGAGACGUGACCUUUGGUGUCAUGCUUGCCCACAAGGCUGAGGAGGAAGGUAUUGCCGCUGUUGAGUACAUCAAGAACGGCCACGGUCAUGUCAACUACGGCAACAUCCCUUCGGUUAUGUACUCGCACCCCGAAGUCGCCUGGGUAGGCCAAAACGAGCAGCAGCUUAAGGAAGCCGGUAUUAAGUUCAAGGUUGGUAAAUUCCCAUUCAUCGCCAACUCGAGGGCCAAGACCAACCAAGAUACCGAGGGUUUCGUCAAAUUCCUGGCCGAUGCCGAGACCCAGAGAGUUCUGGGUGUCCACAUCAUUGGACCAAAUGCUGGUGAGAUGAUUGCCGAGGCUGGUUUGGCCUUGGAAUACGGUGCCUCUACUGAGGACAUUGCCAGAGUCUGCCACGCCCAUCCAACUUUGUCCGAGGCCUUCAAGGAGGCUGCUCUCGGAACUUUUGGAAAGACCAUCAACUUUUAA